UUUGACACUCAAUUAAAGAUAAUUUUCACUACAAACUGAUGGCAAAAGUAGACUAACGCCGGCAAAGAGUGAAGAAAAUAAACAAAAUGCGUCUGUAUUGCCUAAGUAAUGAUUUGGCAAAGCACUGUUACGUUAUAACCUUCAAGGGCCUGCGCAUCAUGCUGGACUGUGGUCUGACGGAGCAAUCGGUCUUGAAUUUUCUGCCACUUCCUUUCGUGCAAAGUGUGAAAUUGUCAAAUUUACCUAAUUGGAUACCAAACCGCGAUCAUGAUCCUCAAAUGGACGGUGAAUUAAAAGAGUGUUGCGGUCGAGUUUUUGUUGACUCUGCACCCGAGUUUACAUUGCCAAUGGAUAAAAUGAUGGAUUUUAGUGAGAUUGAUGUGAUAUUAAUAUCAAACUAUCUAAAUAUGCUAGCACUUCCUUUUAUAACGGAGCACACGGGAUUUAAGGGAAAAGUCUAUGCAACAGAGCCAACGUUACAAAUUGGUCGUUUCUUCCUUGAAGAACUUGUGGAGUAUAUUGAAGUUGCACCUAAAGCUAGUACAGCACAUUUGUGGAAAGAUGUGUUACAUUUAUUACCUAGUCCUUUGUGUGAGUCAUUUAGACCCAAAAAAUGGAAAACAAUAUUCAAUUUAAAAGAUGUGCACAAUAGUUUGGCGCGCGUAACAAUUAUGGGUUACGAUGAAAAAUUGGAUAUUUUAGGUGCUUUCGUGGCAACCCCCGUCAGUUCGGGAUAUUGUUUAGGCUCGAGUAAUUGGGUUUUAAGCACAGCGCACGAAAAAAUUUGUUAUGUUAGCGGAUCGUCAACCUUAACUACACAUCCUCGUCCAAUCAACCAGAGUGCACUGAAACACGCCGAUGUUUUGAUAAUGACAGGCUUAACUCAGGCCCCAACUGUUAAUCCUGAUACAAAAUUAGGAGAGCUAUGUAUGAACGUUGCUCUUACUAUUCGAAACAAUGGUUCAGCAUUAAUACCUUGUUAUCCUUCUGGAGUAGUAUACGACCUUUUCGAAUGUCUUACACAGAAUUUGGAAAAUGCCGGAUUAAAUAACGUUCCGAUGUUUUUUAUUUCACCGGUAGCCGAUAGUUCAUUAGCGUACUCAAAUAUUUUAGCUGAAUGGCUGAGUUCGGCAAAGCAAAACAAAGUCUACCUGCCCGAUGAUCCCUUUCCGCAUGCUUUUUAUUUACGUAAUUCAAAAUUAAAGCAUUACAAACAUGUGUUUUCUGAAGGAUUUAGUAAAGAUUUUCGGCAGCCUUGCGUAGUAUUUUGUGGACAUCCCAGCUUAAGAUUCGGCGACGCUGUUCACUUCGUAGAGAUGUGGGGCCAUAAUGUCAAUAAUUCUAUUAUAUUUACAGAACCAGAUUUUCCGUAUCUCCAAGUAUUGGCGCCAUUCCAACCCCUCGCUAUGAAAGCUUUCUAUUGCCCAAUAGAUACUUCACUUAAUUAUCAACAGGCAAAUAAAUUAAUAAAGGAGUUGAAGCCAAAUGUUUUAGUGAUACCUGAGGCCUAUACAAAGCCACAUCCAAAUGCACCGAACCUUUUCAUCGAGCAACCGGACAAAAAAAUUAUUACAUUUAAAUGCGGCGAAAUAAUUCGCUUGCCGUUGAAACGAAAACUCGAUCGCGUUUAUAUCACAUAUGAUAUGGCACAAAAAAUUGUUCCACGUGACGUGGGUAAUGGUGUUACCGUUUCCACAAUUACUGGCGUCCUGGAAGUUAAGGAUAAAGUACACAAUAUACACCCAUGCGCGGAUUCUUCAAAUGAUAAGCCAAGUGGUAGUAAAAUGCCUCCUCCCAGUCGAGAAGAUGUGCUUAAAAAUACGAAAUACGAAUAUGGUACCUUAGAUGUAGAUCUGCUCAAGAAACGGUUAAUUCAAGACGGAAUCACAAACAUAAAAGUAGAGCGUACUGGCAAUGUAGUUAUGUUGCAUUUGAUAAAUGAAGAUACAACGAUAAAAUUUGAUGAGAAUGAAACUCAUAUAAUAUGUGGCGGAAAGCAGUCGUUACGACUCAAACUGCGUGACUCUGUACUGAAGUGCUUACAAAGCUUUUAAAUAUGACACUUAUAUAAUA